GUUUAGUAACAAAAAUGUAACAAUAACGGUGUCUUUCACUCUCCAAGUGAAAGUGUGAAAACAAAGAAACUCAGACGACAAAUACGAAAUGACGCAGUUAAAAUGGUGUUUACUGUCGGCGGUGUUGGUGUUGUGCUGUGAUUUGGGUGCAACGCAGAUGAACGAAAGAUUUGGGUUGAAUCCAAGACGUUCAAUUGAAAUUGAUCGAUUUGCUCCAAAUCACGAUUCAGCCGGUUAUUUCCUGUUGCCCGUGGACAAAACGGCAUUCAGCGUCGAUCGACCCGUUUGGAUGCGUAAAUUUGAUAUUGCAAAAGUCUUUUUAUACGAUCCAGUCGAUGAAAAGCCUGUUCAUAAUGUGCCGGUUAGAAUAAAAUUCGUGAAAAUAGCCAAUCAUACUUUGGGCAAUGACGCUCCGGCUGAAGUGGUUUUCGUUUCACGCGCUAUACUCAAUUCGACACACGAAACUCGAGUCAAGGUUCUAGCCAAAGUUCCACUGCAUCCCGGAUUCACUUACGAAAUUCGAUUGAAAAUGCCCGAGAAAGUGAAUUUCAUGUAUAACGAUUUUCUCGACAUUCGAGAUUACAAAAUUAACCGAUUCUUUGGCAAAACCAUCACUGUGAGCUUUUAUCUACAUAAUCCAAUCGUUAAUCCACCCAAUAGCAACGAUCAUCGACGCAAAGUCUCACACGGAAUGAUCAAACGAAUUCAUUUCAUUUACUCGUGGUUCUAGUGUGGAGGCUCGAUGGAUGGAUUACUUUUGGUGCAUUCGCUUGCAGAUUGAGAUGCUAACUAUUUUUCGAGAAUCUGACUCUACUCUUGGGAAAAAUCAGAUUUGAUCCAACGUCUAUUAGCACUCAUUUUUGAUCUUUAAAAUAUGCUUAAUGAAGCAUUCUAUAAAAUAACUUUCAACAUGUACUUGACUUUUCAGUUGUGAAAUAAAUUUGUUCAGAAAAAAAAAAUCCCAGAAAAAAGGUGAUCAAUGUAAUUUUAUUCAUUUUUUCUUUGAUUUAAACCGAAACUCUAAAUUUUUGAGUGAUUUAUUUCAGUAGAAUAUUUUCCUGCCUUUUAACUGUUUAUAACUGCAAAUCUUGCAUUUAAUAGCUAUUUAACGCAUAAAAUAAUUCAUAAUAUAAAAAUGAAAUAAAAUAACGAGAAAAGUCCAUCGAACGAAAUGAAACUUUAUCAAUAGGGAUAACCAACACCAACCUUGCUAUUGUCACACUAAUCAUAAGUGACAUAAGGAGAUGUAUCACAGACUUUGGUGCGCUUAUUUAUUUCCUAAUUGCUUGUUUUGAUCGUUGCUUGAAUUCAAAACAAUUUUUUCUGCAUUUUAACGAUACGGAGUUAUUUUGGUUCAUUUUCAACAAGUUUCCAUUUUUUCCAACAAAUUCUUCAUUUACUGACUGGUUGAUUUAGAUAAAGAAGAAAUAACGUCGUUGAAAAAUCAUUUUCAGCCAAAUUAUUUGUCUUCUAUUCGACAAUCCGUCUAUAGGAAGUGUAAAAGCCAUUUACAUUCAAUCCACACAGAAACGACAGUGAUUUAAUCGAGGUUACAACGGUCAAUUAAAACAUAAUUUAAUUGAAAUCUUCAAAGAUGUCAACCUCAAAUGGAAAAACAUCAUUAAUUCGUGACAAUAAAGUGGUUAAUGAGACGAUGAAUGUGCUCUAUUCGCAAAAAAAUGAGACUGGAGAUGUGACGUUCGUCGUUGAAUCGGAGUCAAUUCGUGCGCAUCGGAAUAUUUUGGCAGCAAUCAGUCCAAAAUACAAGGCUCAGUUCUACGGUGCCCAUGCGGACAAAGGUGAAAUUCAUGUGAACGACGUAUCAGCAGCCGCGUUCAACGAGUUUCUACAGUUUUUUUAUUUGAACAGAGUAGAUUUAAAUACAAAAAAUAUCGAGGGAGUGUUGAAUUUGGCUAAGCAAUCGCUCGUCGACGCCUUUGUUACCGAAUGUAUUGAUUUCCUCAUGGAAGUGGUGAAUGUGGAUAACUUGUGCUGGGCUUAUCGAUUGGCAAUUUCGUAUGAUAUCAAAAAGCUAAAGGAUCAUUGUGAACCACAAAUCAGCGCCAAUACCAAGAAAGUGUUUGCGAGUGAGGACUUCAUCAACUGCGAUCAUGAUUUGCUCAUUCACAUUUUGAAACUGGAUACGAUGGACUGCAAAGAGACCGAAGUAUUCGAUGCCUGUAUCGCAUGGGCCAAAUCAAUAGUCAGACAAGAAGAUAUGGAUAGUGGAGAUAUGGAACACCUGCAUGCCACAUUGUUCGAUGCAAUAACCCAUAUCCGAUUCAGUUCAAUGACUGCCGAAGAAUUUGCUGAGAUUCAUAGCAAGUACAAAGGGUUUUUUACGGCUGAUGAAUCCUGUGAAAUUUUCUAUAUGAUUGGUAAAUUAAAAGGCUAUAAAUCACAACGAUUUAAUCAAACGCCACGGAAUCAAACAAAAAAACCUUUGCAUAAUGAUCAAGUUAAAACAGCUCCAGUUCAACAGGGACAUUUACAAGCGCAAUCAAAAAAUAGUGCGCCUAUAAUGACAAAUCAAAGCGUUAAUAUACCAUUUGUUAGGGAACAGAUCGCUAUGACGCGCCGUCGGUUACUUGAUUUGCAAUGAAUCAUUAAUUUUUCUCUUCAAUCAAUACAGAUAAAAUAUUUUGUGCCCGCACAUUUUGCUAUUUUUUAAAUAUUUUUCUUCAAUAAAUGUAGAAACGACCGAAAUAAAUGUAGAAAAUAUUCAACUAAUGAAUUUGACAAGAGUAUAUUGUAUGCCAUAUUCAAAACCAAUAAAAAUGUAUUCCUUUUUUUGACCAAACCAAAAA